AUUUUCGUCCCUAAAAUUAUGUGCAUAUUUUAAUGGCGGACAGUGAAGAUGGCUGACUUCCUGAAAGGUUUGCCGUCCCACAAUGAGAGCAAUUUUACCAAGUUCCACACAGAUUCCAGCUGUAAAGUUGGAGUUCGGAAACCUGGAGUGUAUAUUUCCACAAAAGAUUUUCCAUCAGAACAAGUAAUUACCACAGAAAAGACCAACAUUCUGUUACGGUAUCUCCAUCAACAGUGGGAUAAAAAGAAUGUCAGUAAGAAAAGGGAUUCUAGUAAAGCCAGUCUAGAUUCUUCUGAAUCUACAAAUUCUCCUUCAACCAAAAUGCCACGAUUAAAUUCGCAGGACGAGGGAUCCUAAUGGAUGAUGUAUGUGUGUGACUGGCCAAGCACAGCAUUUCUUACAAAUCAACCUGCUAUUGGACAUUACUGAAGUGGAGAAGCCAUUACAUUGAAGAUACAAGGCUUUUCAUUGGCUGAUUUUUCAGAGAAGAGAUGUAGUUUUAUGGAUGUACAUGAUCGACGAACAGUUGUCAUGAUAGUUUUAAUUUUACUUUGAUAAGUGUAUAUAUAUCCAUGAUGUAUACAUCCUGUAGUUUUCAGAUUUUUUAUGAACUAUUAAUAUUAAGUGAUAUAAUUAGUUGUAUUUACACCUUCUCUGAGGAUCGUAAGAUUUCAAACUGAAAAUCUGUAAGUAGAAAAGCAAAGCUGUAAUAUCUAUCAAGUCAUGUAAAAUCAUUAAUAUUUAACUAUCACCAUCUAAGUAAGGAAAUGCUGUUUUGGUAGCUUGGUGUCAGAGGUCAAAUUGUGUUGGGUAUAUGGGUUCUGUUGGACAGAUGGGUUCUGUUGGACAGAUGUAUAUGACAAAUGGUAUCUUUUAAAUGGGUGUGUGUAUGCCAGUAGUGUUUGUUGGUAAAGAUGGAUCUGUAGAACAGAUGGUGUCUGUCAGACAUGUAUAUAUGUACUGUAUGAUAAUGGUGUCUGUUAGACAGAUGGUGUUUGUCAAACAGAUCCAUAGCGGGUAAAGUAAGUCCUGGGUAACGACUGUUCCCGACUGGAAACCUGUAGGGUUAUUCCAGGGUAAUGACAGGUAACCAGUAGAGUUAGUCCUCGGUAAUGACUGUUCCCAUCUGGUUACCUGUAGGGUUAUUCCAGGGUAAUGUCUGGUAACUAGUAGGGUUAGUCCUGGGUAAUGACUGUUCCCAUCUGGUUACAUGUAGGGUUAUUCCAGGUUAAUGUCUGGUAACCACUAGGGUUAGUCAUGGGUGAUGACUGUUCCCGACUGGUAACCUGUCAGGUUAGUCCUGGUUAAUAACUGGUAACCGCUAGGGUUAGUCCUGGGUUUGACUGAUCCAAACUGGUAACCUGUAGGGUUAUUCCAGGGUAAUAUCUUGUAACCUGUUGGGUUGGUCCUGGGUAAUAACUGGGUACCACUAGGGUUAGUCCUGGGUAAUAACUGGUAACCACUAGGGUUAGUCCUGGGUAAUAACUGGUAACCACUAGGGUUAGUCUUGGGUUUGACUGAUCCAAACUGGUAAUCUGUAGGGUUAUUCCAGGGUAAUAUCUUGUAACCUGUCGGGUUAGUCCUGGGUUUGACUGAUCCAAACUGGUAACCUGUAGGGUUAGUCCUGGGUUUGACUGAUCGAAACUGGUAACCAGUAGGGUUAUUCCAGGGUUAUAUCUUGUAACCUGUCGGGUUAGUCCUGGGUAAUAACUGGUAACCUGUCGGGGUAGUCCUGGGUAAUAACUUGUAACCGCUAGGGUUAGUCCUGGGUUUGACUGAUCCAAACUGGUAACCGUUAUGAUUGGCUACCUAGUCCUGUGUGUGUCAGUUCGAUGUGUUGGACAACUUUGUGGCAUCUAUCAGUAAAAUAAAUGACGAAUGUGUCUGAAAACCAGAAUCUACUGAGCCUACACUGUAGGGAUCACAUUAUACAAUACUACCUGUUUUUUCACUGAACUAGGAUCAACUCAAACUAUUAAUGAGUGCAAGCCAAAAGGAGGUACACGUUAUGCAAGGAAAUAACUGCUUUUCUUUGACAGGUUUGUUUAUAUCAGAUAAAUUUUAAUUGUUGGUAAAAAAAAAUGUUCACUUGGUUAAUGUAUGAGAUUUGAUUAUUCACGGAUUUAUUUGACAGGUGAGUUCCCCACUGUGUGGGCGUAAGUUGGUGUAAAAGUUCACUGUAAAGCCUACCUUUAGUAUGUAGGAUAAAUGAUGUAAACAUCUACAUAUAUACAAGAGUAAGGUUGGCAUAUUUCACUUACAAAAUUCAUUGUAAAUUUAUAAAUUCAGACUGCAUGACUAAAUUCUGGAAGGAAAAAAUAUUAAAUGCCAAAGAUGAUUGCUAUUCCCAGGUGUUUUAACAGAACUGUCCAAUUAUGUAGGCUUUUUAGUUUUAAUGACUGUAGAUCACUUAUAUUCCAUGCACACUGUCUAGAUUUUGCUGAUUGUCAUUUUUGUACUUGUUUUUGAGGAGAUUAAAUCAUAUUUCACUCAACAUGCAUGUUUUACACAUAAGAAAUUGUUCACAAACAAUAUUGAUUAAUUCAAAUUUACAUGAAAAAAUUAUCUUUUAAAACAUAAGUAAUAAUUAGAACAAAUCUGUUAAUCCAUGAUUAAUCAUAACACAUGUGUAGUUUCUUUAAACAUGAUAUGAGAUGGGUCAUGGACAAUUUAUAGGUAGAAGUGCUUAAGCUUUACAAAAAGGUGAUGUAUGAAUUAUUCCGGUGUUUGUGUAUGAAAAGAGAUAAACAAAUUUGAAGACGAAGACAGAUAGGCUGUUUUUGUGUGUAAAUCCAUUUUUCUGCGUCAAUACGCCUACAUGCAUGGCCAUGUGUAAUGAUUUUUCUUUUUUUUGUGAUUUUCAUAACAGUUUUAAUUCAUAUGCAAUAUAUAUCGUAGUUAGGAAACUUACACAAUUUGGACCAAUUCAUGGAGUUGAACCUCAGCGAGUAAGUGCUUUUGUAAGCAAUUGUAAAACGAAACACUAAGGAUACAUGCUACCCAAGACAUAUCUGUAAAUUAAGUUAUCUCCCCUCAAUUAAAUUAUUUAUCUCCCUUGAACACUCAGUUUAAUAGCAGGAAAAAAUCUGUGUAUAUGCUUUGUAUACACAUGACAUGUGUCGUCAAUUAAUUAACAAAAUCCAAAUUACUACUAUAAGAUUAUUUUAAGGUUUUUUGUUGAGUUCGGAACUCUUUUGGAAGAGGAGAUUCAGUCCCAGUAAAAAUAGCAUAUAUCCUUAACAUUUUGUGAAAAGAAAAACAUUUCAAGAGUUGAACAGUGCUGAAUACAAUGUCCUGUGUCCAGUCUGGUGUGUAGGUACCUUUUGUGAUGAUUCAGUAUAACUGGUCAAGAUGAAAAUAUUGGAAAUUGUCCUAUGAACCAAUGUCCCAUUCGGUGUUGUAGUGUUAACCCUUUCACCCCUAUGUAACUUUAGUAGACCCUUCAAUGCAUUGAUAUGGAUGAGUCCAUCAUGAUCUACGGUGGUGAAAGGGUUAAUAUUUUUCCAACCUACCAAUUAACAUGCAUCAAACUACAGAAGACUUAAAUAAAGAAGUUUCCUUGUUUCAUUCUUUAUAAGACAUCAUGUGAAUGACCGUAUCUAUGUGGCAGUAAAUGUCGGAUAAUAAACCUACCUGUACCUGUAUCUGUUGCAGUUCAGUAGAAAAGCCAACAAAUGUUAUUUCACUGUCCUGUGAUAACCCUAGCUAGAGAUCAUUUGUUGGCCACUUAGCUUAUUGCAGGAUAAUGAUGAUAAUGAAUUUGUUGAAAAUCAUCUGGUAUAAUCACUUUUAUGAUUGGCUCCGACAUUCUGAUAUACCAGAAAAUUAAUGUACAAUGGACUUUUAUGUUUGGAAACCAAAAAUUAUUUAAUAUUUCCAAAUUUUCUGAUGCAAAAAAAAUUUGAAAUUUGAGCAAAAUUGAUGAUUUAUUACUUCAGGCAAUACAAGAUCUGUUAAAUACUCCAGUGUUUUGUAUAGAAUUUAGUAUUUUGAUAAGAAACAACACGUAGAAAUUAUGUCGGAUGUGUUUUGUAGAAUUUAGUCUAUUUGUGGGCAUUACUUUUUGAGAAUGGUUUGUUCAGGUACUGAGUUCCAUUAUUGGGUAUAGUUAUAUUCACUGUAAAGGAGAGUCAAUGCCACAUGCUUAUUGAAUAUUUCCUGAUUAUCUUUAAGUUAUAUGCUAUUAACCUUUGUUAAACAGAUGGUAUGCUAUUAACCUUUGAGUCCGUCCUUCACCUCUUGAUGUAAAGCCUGUAAAAAGCGCCUCAAACGUUUUUAGCCUUCACCUCUGGUAUGAUCCAUCAAGAUUAAAUUUACAGUUGCAUGCUCCGGUUUGUAAUCUAAGAACCAAUGACAAUAGUGGCAUUGUACAGACUUUAGUUUUCAAGUUAGAUGGUAAAGUAAGACAUGAGGUAAUAAGAUAAAAGUUUAUAUAAUUAGCUUCAAAAUUGGUUAAGUUAAGAAAGAUAUUUUUUUUAAUUUUACAUACAAGACCUGCUGGGGGAAAAGCAUUUCUUAAGAAAUCAUCAAUUAUUCUUAGAAAUCAUCAAUUAUAGGAAUACAUUUUUUUGAAACCGACCUGAUGUUUGAAGUAUUUAGCUGUGGACUUGCUUAUUAGUUUAACUUAAAUUAAUAUAAGUACACAUUGUUACCUAGCAACACAUUUUUGGUGCUGAUAAUUGUAUAUGUUACAAAUAUGACAGUACAAAACUGUUAACAAGCUGUUUCUUUUGUAACUUCACAAUUUUAUUUUUCCGUUCAUUUCAUCUGUAUUGGUCAGGAAAAGUUUUGGUUGAAAAUCGUUUUUGAAUGAAAUUAUUUGUCAUUAAAAAAUCUUGAAGGAACACGUUUUUUGGAGGCAUAUUGAUCAUAUAGAAUGCAAUGAAUAAAAUUUGUUGUAAAAUUCGUUUAUGAAUCAAAUCUUGGAAUUGGUUCAUAAACGUUUCCAUGUGUUGCAGGUAGGAAUGAGUCCAAUGUGACCAAAUUUAUGUUAUGAAAUUGACAUUGAUUAUGGACAGAUUUUAGUGUUCAUUGUAAUCAGAUUCUAAUAACUUGAAUGACAAGUCAGUCUUUUCACAUUUUUUUUUUUUUCAAACAUGUUUUCAAAUUUGUAAAUAUAUUCUUAUCUCGUUACAAAUGUGUAAAUGUUCAUGGCUUUUGUUUUAUAGUGAUGAUUUUAAAACUCAACAUGCAUUUUGUGUUUGUAUUUACUAAGUAAGAAUAAACUUUACAUGAAUUGAAA